CGCUCGCCCGCCCGAUUGCCUGGCUUGCUGGCGCUUCCCAACCUGAGACGGGCAGGAGGGCGGACCAGCAUCUAAGGGGCCGGGCCGGAGCGGAUCGGGUGGCGGUGACGGUGGCAGCAGCGGCGGCGGCAGCAUCGGGCGGCCGCGCUGCUUCCUCCCCUAUUGUCUCCCCUCGGCCCGGGACUGGCUCGGGCUGCCGCCGCCGGGGCACAUCGGGAUCGCGGCGCCAUGGUGGCCCGGAGCACAGACAACAUUGAUACAACAGGAGAGGGUCAAGUCCGCUCUUUAGGGAAUGCAACCAGUAACAUCAAGGGGAAGCCAACCAAGAGACUUUCCAUCACGCGAGGCCACUUCCCCAAGCUAACUGAGUGUGCUCAUUUCCACUACGAGGUGAUUGACUUUGGACACAUCCAGCUGCAGCUUGCACCCGAGCAGAAUGAGAAUCCCAGCAGCUUGGAGGAGGGCGAGGUGCUGUUUGCUGUUCAAGUCACCUGUCAGGGGAAGUGCUGGCAGGUCCAUCGCAGUUACGAGGAAUUCCGUACCCUGGAUGCCCACCUCCAUUGCUGCAUCUUUGACAGGCGCUUCUCUCAGCUCCCUGAAUUGCCACCCAUCAGCCACAUGCGGGCCCACCCUGAGCUGUUGGUGCCCAUGCUUUCACAGUACCUGGAGAAACUUUCGGCCAUUGUGGACAGCAAUAUCAACUGUGGCCCAGUUCUCACCUGGAUGGAGAUUGAUAACCAUGGCAACCGACUGCUGGUCAAUGAGGAAGCCUCUAUCAACGUUCCUGCCAUUGCAGCCGCCCAUGUGAUAAAACGCUAUACUGCGCAAGCAUCCGACGAGCUCUCCUUUGAGGUUGGAGACAUCAUCUCUGUGAUUGAUAUGCCCCCCAAGGAGGACAGGAGCUGGUGGCGUGGCAAGCAUGGAUUCCAGGUGGGGUUCUUCCCUAGUGAGUGUGUGGAGCUGUUCUCAGAACGCCCCAGCCCAGGACUCAAAACAGAUGCAGAAGGGAUGAGCUGUGGCAUCCCCAAGCCCCAUGGCCUCCUCUCCCCAACCUCAGUGUCCAAGAAACAUGGCAAACUCAUUGGGUUCCUUCGCACCUUCAUGAAGUCUAGGCCCAGCAAGCAGCGCCUGAAGCAGCGUGGCAUCCUCCGAGAGAGGGUCUUUGGCUGUGAUUUGGGUGAACAUCUGAAGAACUCCGGCAGCGAUGUCCCCCAGGUAUUACGUUCCUGCUCUGAUUUCAUUGAGAAGCAUGGCAUUGUGGAUGGCAUCUACCGUCUCUCUGGGGUCUCCUCCAACAUCCAACGGUUGCGGCACGAGUUUGACAGCGAGCGAGUACCUGAGCUCUCCAAGGACGUCUAUUUACAGGAUAUCCACUCUGUCAGCUCUCUCUGCAAGCUGUAUUUCAGGGAGUUGCCAAACCCGCUGCUCACCUAUCAGCUGUACAACAAGUUUGCUGAGGCCGUGUCAGUUUCAGGGAAUGAAGAUCGCUUGGUGCGGGUUCAUGAUGUCAUUCAGCAACUGCCUCCACCACACUACAGGACCCUGGAAUUUCUGCUGCGGCACCUGGCACGCAUGGCUAUGCACAGUCAAAACACCAGCAUGCAUAUCCGCAACUUAGCCAUCGUUUGGGCACCCAACCUGCUGCGGUCGAUGGCUCUGGAGUCAGUUGCACAGUGUGGAGCCGAUGCCUUCCAGGAAGUUCGAGUUCAAUCCCUUGUGGUCGAAUUCCUCCUCAACAAUGUUCAGGUUCUCUUCAGUGACACGUUCACCUCUGUCGGCAAGGACAGCGCAGGACGCUGCUUCCUUCCCCGACCCAAAUCCCAGUUGGUCAGCUGCCCCUCCACCCGACUGCUGUCUCUGGAAGAAGCACAGGCACGUACCCAGGCUCUGUGUAAGGUCAUCAAGCCGGAGGCCAAGCAUGGAUCCACCGAUCUGCAGGGGCAAGGGAAACUCUCUUCUGUGUUGAGCUCACCUGACACCAGGCAAAAGGCGGAAAGUAACGGGAGGGUGCGGAAGACGUCAGGUCCUAGCUGGAAGGCCUUCUUUGCCAUUGGCAAAACACCGGUCACAUUCCGCAAGAAAUCACACCGACUUGGAGAGCUUUUUGGGCUUGGCGAGUCUCUGCCAGGGGGUCAGCCUGAAACUGUCACUUUGCGAUCAGCCAAGAGCGAGGAGUCCCUGACAUCACAGGCCAGUAUGACAGGCCUCCCCAAGCUCCCCUGCCUACGACGUCCACACUCCAGCAGCGACGCCUUCCCGACCCUCAAGCCGGGCCACUCCUGCUCUUCUCUGGGUUCCUCUGUGUCAGGCCAUGGCGAGGGCCUGGCUGCUGGGGAAGGAGAUGUAGCUGCACGGCGUCGUUCCUCCUGGCUGGAAGGUGACUCAGAGCUGGACUCAGAGCUGGAGUUAAGCCCCCCCGGCCUUCGUGGCUUGGACUUUGACCCACUGACCUUCCAGUGCAGCCCUCCUGCUCAGCGGCCCUCGCUCUCGGACGACUCUGGGCCGCCAAGCCCAGUGGGGACUCUCUCGCCCUGCUCCCCCCCCACAAUCGGCAAGGACACAUUGGAGCCAUUGCCUGUCUCUCUCCCCGAGAAGGUACUGGAAAUGUUCACUGGUGGCGAGGCCAGGGGGCUGAACGUGCACACCUCUCCGCCGCAUAUGAUCUCCAUGCUGCUUUGUGCUGCUGGCGGACAGCUCAGUGACAGCUGUGAACGCGAAGUCCGUUGCAAGAUCACACAAGCCAAAGGCCGCAAGUCACCACUCAGUCCAAAGGCUGAAGCGGCUCCCACAUCCCCUGGGGUGUUGUCUGUGCUGCGACAUAUCCCACCCCCUCCUCCCCCCAAAAACCCAGCUCGGCUGAUGGCGCUGGUGCUGGCCGAGAGCGCACACCAGGCAGUCCUGCAGCAGAAGCGGCAGCAGGCCGGUCUCGGGCAGAGGGAACCCCGGACGCAUUUCCGACGCUCCUUGUCGCUGGAGUGCAAGGCAGGAGAGCCAACGAGUGGAGCACGGGCACUCUACUCCAUAGUGCGCCCCAGUCCCAAGGCCCCUGGCCCCCCGUCACUGCAAGGUCAGGCUAGGGGCAGGAGUGUGGGCAGCCAGUGCCGCAACCGCCAGGCAGGAAAUCAGGUGCCGCUCAGCCAGGGGUCCCCCCUGAGUAGUUCAGACUCCUUUUCCCCCUACCGGAGGGUCCUUGCUGACCUCACCCAGAGAGACGCUCAGGCACAUUCCUUUUCGGACCCCUACCACCUGUCCUCCCAGUCUCCUGCCUCACCAGGUGCCUACAGUUUUCCCCACCAACCGCCUCCCCUGUCAGUCCCGUAUCCUGCCCCUCACCAGCCUCAAGACCCCUACCCCUUAACCAGCCAGUCUCCUGCCCCUCCUAAGCCUCCUCCACCUCCUCAUUUCCCCAUUACCCCCAGCCACUUGCCUCUCAAAGGCAGGAGCCCGCCUUUCCAAUCCUACCUCCCAGAUCACCCGCUCCGGCAUCACAGCCGCUUUUCGCUCUCCUCUCGGGUGGGGGUCAACGGGACCCCGCCUCCCCAGCUGGAGCAUGAGAAUCUCUAUUACGAGAUUGUGGGGGAGCCUCCCGCUUACCCAGGAAUGGCACGGCCCUGGCCAUCCUGCCCGCCCCCUGAGUACUUGGCCACCUUCAAUGCCUCCUAUGGGGUAUUUGAGAGGCCAUGGCGCCAGCCCCUUCUCCCUCCAGCCCCAUCCUCCCUGCAACCCAUCUUAAAGAACCCCCGGAUGCACCCCCAACCGACACCUCCCGUGGCGACCCGGCAAGAGCCCAUCUAUGUCAAUGUACCCUUCCCUGAUCCCCCCUCCAUCACCCCGACUCCCUCCCCGCCACCUGAAGCCACACACCCCCGCAGUCAUUCUGACCCCGGAGCUGCCCAGCCCCUGUCGCACCACCCCAGACCUCCGUUGCCUCAGAAGCAGAGGCUCGGCUGGGGAUAUCCACCCACUGGGCAGUACCGCCAGCUCAUGGAUGUUUUGCCAUGCAGUCGUACUUUGUUGCAGUUCUACCGACCACCCUCUGCCUGUUGGGGCCGCCCCCCCUAUGGCCCAGAGCCCAUCAUCACCUACGAUGGACCCCCUGCCCGCCCAGGGAGCCAGGCAUCGGCACCCCCAUCGUCUCUGCAGAAGCUGGAUGAAUCCCCUCAGCAGUAUGGCAAUGUGGAAAGGAGGGAGGGGUCUCCACCCGGGUGCUACCUAGGGCCCAGUUGGACCGUGUACACAGAGGGCCAGACCCACAGCUACUGCUGAGAGGCCGCUCCCCAUGGAUGCGCACCUUGGAUUCUCGGGGCUGGGCUCCGGGUUGCUGCCCCCUUCUCUUCCCUGCCGGUGUUUAUGGAAUUAUGUUGUGGUACUCUUUGCUGUGGAAAAAAAUGUUGGUGUGGAAAGGAGAAUAUCUCACUAUAAGUCACAGUGACAUCAUGUCCAGGCUCCUCAUUGGCUGCUGCGCUUGCCUCAUUUGAGGACCUAUCUGUGGCUGUUUUGAGAGCACAUGAAUCUCUGAAAGGCAGCUCUGGCUCCUGCACGAUGUCCCGCAUGAGAAGACUGGCAUGACAUCACAGCAGAGCCUUUGAUUGCAUCGUUUUAGCCUCUCCGACGCCAUGACGGCUCUAUCAAUUGCAUUGCCUCCUGUUUAUGUUAUCCUCCAUGUUGCAUCUCUUCCCCCCAUUCCUAGUGCCAGCAAUGGAUUCCUGCCAUCCUCGGAGGAGGUUGUUCAGCCCCAGUGCAACAGGCACCAUGAUACGGCUGAACCCCACCCCAGAUGACAUCACCUGGUUUACUUUGGUAAUGCUGUCCCCAAGACAUCACCAGCAGCUGUUGUCUAUGGGAUCUGAAUGUUACCAGGAGCUCUGCUCAUGGAGAUGCAGUGUGCAGAGCUGACACAGUGGGGCAUUGUUGGCUUUGCUAUGCUAUCAUAUUACAUCACCAGGUGAUAUCACAGGUUCUUUGAAGGGUGGGGAUUAACGGCACUAUUCCCCUUAAAAAUUUUUUUUUCUUCAAGUAUUUGCAGCGAGGAUGAAUUCUAACUUUUAUAACCAUUGUUUUAACCCAAUUAAAACAUUAACAGCACCCACCGAUCCCCUUUCUCCUGCUUUCCCAGCAAUUAAGCCAGUUCUUGGCAAGACAGUAAGGCGCAAGACUCCUGGUUUCUAACAUAUGUGCCAGAGGGUUCGUGCGUUCCAUUCGAGUUGUGCAAUCAGACUCACCUGCACCCUCCUGCUUCCUGUUACUAGACCAUGGGUUGGUUUGUGGCUUUUGAGCUGGGCAGACAUGGGCGUGUGCGGAAGGUUCAGGGAGGUAGGAUUGGGGUGGGGGAAGGCUGGUAAUGCAUUUGUGAGUUUCCUUAGGAUUGGAGGGUCUUGUAUAUGUGUGUGUGUGUGUGGGCUUUGGGUUUUGUUUUCUUAAGGGUGUAGGGUGGGUCAGGUGCAUGUGUUUCUGGCAUGGGAUGCUUUAUAUGUGUGUGCUUGGGCAACAGGUUUGUAUGUGCUCUGGAGGACAUAGAAUUGGGUAUCCAUGUCUGUUUGGUACUUGGGUUUUCUCAUCUGGAAUUGAUGUGGGCUUUGGGGUGUGUGUGAGAGAGAGAAAGAGAGAGAGAAGGUGUUUGUAUAUAUUUCAUGGGACAGUAUUUUAGGUAUGUGGGGCAGGGAGAGGGGAAGGAGGGAGGGGGAUCCUAUGCCUUAUUCCCCUUGAGCAGGCACUCCCCACUGAUCUGAUCAAGCACACCCUGACAUGAGGGCAAGGGUGAUAAGAAGCGAGUCCCGUGGGGCACGCCCCUCCUCCAAAGCACUUUUAUUUGGCCUGUAGGCAGUGGUGGCUGAUGCCCAUUGGGACUGGUAGGGUGGAUGGCAAGGAGGCCAAAAGUAGGUAGACUUAGAGCCAAUGGAAGGUGAAGCCAACUCAUCCUACUUUGGUCCCUCUCCUUGCUGAGUUCUACAAGGGCAAAACCGAAAUGAAGGAGGAGGAAGCAGACAGCCAGACUGCCUUGGAGAAAUCAAGACUGUGGUUGGUGGGGCAGUGCCCCACUUGCUCUAAUGGACCAGCCUCCAUUGCCUUUAGGCUUCUUUUAGAAUCCUCAUGAUGUCAGAUUUCUUUUCUUUUUUUAAAAGAAGGAAAGAAAGAAAAGCAUUUAUGGUGAUUCCUAUCCCACAUCUUUGGGGAAUAUAUAUAUAUAUAUCUGAGCACAAUACAGACAAAUUUUAAGCAUACUUGGGUCCUGUUGAUUUCAGUCAGAGAAAGCCAAGCACAUGGUUAACUCUCCCCCAUUGAAAUCAAUGCUACCUCAAAAGUGCUUGGAGCAUGCCCAUUUUUUUUAACAGUCCAGUCCUAGUGCAGGUUUACUUGGAAGUCAGUCCCACUUAGUUCAAUGGGACAGACACCUGAGUAUGUGCACAUAGGACUGUAGCCUUAAGCUCACCUUUUCGAAACCCUCCGCAUGAUUUCGGAAGGUCUGAAUCCCCCAUGAGGUUUGGGAUUAUGCAAACGUGGAUCUUGGCCACCCCAGCUGGCUGGCAUUCUCUUGUGCUGAGAUCCAGAUCAUCUUCUACCAUUACCAGGCAUCGGCUACCUUAAUGCAAAUGAUAUUCAUAUAUGUUUUAAAAGGAUAUGCACAUAACUCUGAAAUCUCCAGCCCCAACAUGGUUCUUCUCAGCAUUGAAUAAGUGCCCCGACUUAAGAGUUUUGGAUCCAGGACUGACCAACCCAUGGAAAAGGUCCAUUCAGCCUUUUGUUUUAAUGGCAGAAAAUGUCACUAAUCUUGCCAUGUAUAUUUUCGUAUACUGCUGUGGUCAUGACCUCCAGACUACCCCAGAUUCUCCACCCUCUUAUAUUCCCUGGCUUUUCAGGGAAACAGAUUGUUGAAAGCUGCUUCUCAUGUUGCUUUGCAAAGACGUGGAGGUACGCUCAGAAAAAAGUGUGCCUAAAGAUCCAUGUAAAAAAUAACGUUGGAACUCAAACCCAUGGUCUUGCUCUGUGUUGAGGUGGAAGCUCUUUGGGAGUUUUUGCUGUGUAUUUAUUUGUUAUAUGGGCAAAACAAUCCUGUGGCCCAUGGGAGGCCAUCCCAAGGAACGUAGGAAGCAUCUGAUCUCCCUUUCCAAGGGUGGAGAGUUUUGUACCUUACAUUUAAAGCACUAUUAUACCACUUUAAACAGGCUUCCCCCAAAGAAUCCUGGGAAAUUUAGUAAGUUAAGGGUGUUGAGACUUUUUAGGAGACUCCUGAUUCCCCUCACAGAGCUGCAAUUCCCAGAGUUGUUCUAACAGUCCAUCCUUAUUCCCAGGGAACUUUGGGAACUGUGACUCUGUGAGGGGAAUCAAGGGUCUCCUAACAAUUCUGAGCACCCUUCACAAAUUACAGUUCCCAGAAUGCUUUGGGGGAUACCAUGACUAUUAAAGUGGUAUAAUAGUGCUUUAAAUGUAUGGUGAGGAUGUGGCCCUGGAGAGGGACAUCCAAUGGCGUACCCCUGCUCCUUGUUGCCAUGGAAAAUUCGGCAGCCCUUACUCUAUCAAUGUCAGAGCUCCGACAUCAAACUGUGGGGCGUGCUAGGGGUCAACUAAGGGAAACCAUACCUAAGGAAAAGAAUACCCUAUGCCAGGCCAGGUGCUGGUGUAGUUUACUAUCUUUUAUUCCUUCCCACUGAAAGGAAAUAGUUUAAAAAGCACAAAACCAGAGAAGGACAGAGGAGCUCCUCCCAUUUCAUUUUCAUUCUGCCUGCAUCAGCCCAGUCUGGAUCAGGCCAAAUAAUUAUCUUCAGUUCCCCCUCAUCCCCAACACACACUUGCAGCCUUAGGAGUGCAGCCUGAAUGUCCAAUAUUUGGGGAAUGUCCAAUUUUCACAUGUAAAUGCUGAUAACCUGAGGUGGGUUUUGAGAAUGCUUGAAUACAAAUGUAGAUUUAUGCACGUUUCAGACAUGCAGGCAAAUGCUGCCAUAUUUAGGCGUGUUCCAGGCAUUCACAGCAUUUGUCUGAGUCUGCCAGUAUUCCCAUGUGAUUAUAACCAAAUUCUGGACGUUGACAGGAAAAUCCUAAAAUAUAUAUCUUAUACUGGAAGUCAUGGUACGUAUUGUAUUUCUGACAUUCUGGGCGAUCAGAUUGUAGAUGCAGGUGCAGUUUCAGGGCAGACCACUGUGCCUUGAAAUAUGUGUUGUACAGCCCUGAAGAUGAUUUCCAACCAGGGAGACUAAUUGGCACUGGUUUCUUGCUAGUCACUUGUACAUUGUCAGGAGACUGAAUGUGGCCUGCUUUGACACAGUCCCAAUCUGCAGCAGAAUGAAAGGGCGUUUAUUUAUUAUUUAUUACAACAUUUCUAUACUGCCCAUCAGUAGAAAGUACUCUGGAUGGAUGGUUCACAACCCAGUUCUCACAUGGUGUAAUGGACUGUAUCACUAUGGAUUAUAUAUGUGUGUGGGGGGGGGGGAAUAACAAUUUUGAAUAGUCCCCUACAUAAAAAAUAGGGUGGCCAGGUGCAGAAGAGGACAGGCCUCCUGCACCUUUAAGAGUUGUGUUGAAGAGGAACUUUGAGUAGGUGUAGCUUGCCAUGCACAGCCUCUUGCAUUGCAUCUGGCCACUGUAAUAUAAAAAUUGCUAUAGAGAGAGAGUAGCACAAACAGUCUGUUUCUCCCUGAUGUAUCUUCUUGCAUUUCAUGGGGACGCAUUUGACAGUGAUACCCCCAACUUGUGGCUUUGUUCUGCCACCUCAUUUGGCUGCAGCCAUGUACAUGCUGAAGGGUUGCUUCCUAUUGUUUCCUUUGUGUGAUGUCUCCCAGGACCUGACAUCAAAGGGUGUUGGUGUGUGUGGGGGGGAGUCCCCCAUCCUCUGAUGCUGUGAAGCUGUUACUGCCACAUAUGUCUGUCUGUCUGUGCCUGUGUUUCUAAAGGCAAACGGUUCCUCAUUGCCCCUGAUGUGCUGCAUUCUUUUUUCCGAUAUGAACCAACCUCCCUUUCUUCCUAGCCUCUUGUACUAAAUGGCUUAAAACAAACCAAUUAACAAAUAAAGGCAAA